GAGGCGCCCCGCUCCGCGGAUCUCUCGGUCCUGCAAACGCGCGCUGGGCGCUUUCCCUGGAGCUCGGCGGUGCGUGCGAGCGCCCUUUUGCAGCAGCCGCGGCGGCGGCGGCCCGAGGGGGCGGAGAGGAGGGGGCCGCGGUCUGGCGGCCAGGGGGCGGCGUCCCCCCUCAAAAUCGCCUCCAAAGUGCUCGGGGCUGCAGAAGAAGGCCGCCGGCUCCGCGGAGCAAGCAGCUCGCCCCGGGGCUGCCGGGGAGCGCCGCGGUUGCUGGUGGGUGCCUGUGCCCUCGGCGCGGGGCUCGGGCUCACCAUGCCCCUGCGGGGCCGGGCUGCGGGGCACAAGUGGAUCCCAGGCUUGCCCCCGCCUCGACGCGCUCGGAUUAGCUGCAGCCGGCGCCCAAGGAUUUGAAUCCGGACCCCGUGAGGGAGCGUGCCUAGGCCCACCUCGGAGUGGCGGCCCCGCGGCCAACAUGCUUCGCAAAGGGUGCUGUGUGGAACUGCUGCUGCUGCUGCUGGCCGGGGAGCUGCCCCUGGGCAGCGGCUGCCCACGGGACUGCGUGUGCUACCCCUCUCCCAUGACGGUCAGCUGCCAGGCGCACAACUUCGCCGCCAUCCCCGAGGGCAUCCCGGAGGACAGCGAGCGCAUCUUCCUGCAGAACAACCGCAUCGCCCUCCUCCAGCAGGGCCACUUCAGCCCUGCCAUGGUCACUCUGUGGAUCUACUCCAACAACCUCACCUUCAUCGACCCCAACACCUUCCAGGGCUUCGUGCACCUGGAGGAGCUGGAUCUCGGCGACAACCGGCAGCUGCGGACGCUGGCGCCCGAGACCUUCCAGGGCCUGGUAAAGCUCCACGCCCUCUACCUCUAUAAGUGUGGGCUCAGCGCCCUGCCAGCGGGCAUCUUUAGCGGCCUGCACAGCCUGCAGUACCUCUACCUGCAGGACAACCACAUCGAGUACCUCCAGGAUGACAUCUUUGUGGACCUGGUCAACCUCAGCCACCUGUUUCUCCACGGCAACAAGCUGUGGAGCCUGGGCCAGGACACCUUCCGCGGCCUGGUGAACCUGGACCGGCUGCUGCUGCACGAGAACCAGCUGCAGUGGGUCCACCACAAGGCUUUCCACGACCUCCGCAGGCUGACCACCCUCUUCCUCUUCAACAACAGUCUCUCCGAGCUGCAGGGAGACUGCCUGGCACCACUGGCAGCCCUGGAGUUCCUCCGCCUCAACGGGAACGCCUGGGACUGUGGCUGCAGGGCGCGCUCCCUGUGGGAAUGGCUGCAGAGGUUCCGUGGCUCCAGCUCCGCUGUCCCCUGUGUGUCCCCCGCGUCUCUGCACGGCCAGGACCUGAAGCUGCUGAGGGCCGAGGACUUCCGGAACUGCACGGGGCCGGUGUCCCCACACCAGAUCAAGUCACACACGCUCACCACCACCGACAGGGCCGCCCGCAAGGAGCACCACCCACCCCACGGCCCUGCCAGGGACAAGGGCCACCCGCAUGGCCAUCUGCCCGGCUCCCGGUCGGGCUACAAGAAGCCGGGCAAGAACUGCACCAGCCACAGGAAUCGCAACCAGGUCUCCAAGGCGGGCACCGGGAAGCAGGCCCAUGAGCUGCAGGACUACGCCGACUACCAGCACAAGUUCAGCUUUGACAUCAUGCCCACGGCACGGCCCAAGAGGAAGGGCAAGUGUGCCCGCAGGACCCCCAUCCGUGCCCCCAGCGGGGUGCAGCAAGCUUCCUCAGGCAGUUCCCUGCGGGCCUCCCUCCUGGCCUGGAUCCUGGGGCUGGUGGUCACUCUCCGCUGAGGGCGCCGGACACCAGCACCCAGCACUGCCACACGUCCACCAAGGAACAGGAUUUCUUUUCUUUUUUUACAAGUGGAGGAUCUGCUGGGUUUCAGGCAAAGGCUGGUAGAGGUUUCAGCUGCCGUCUGGGCUCCUGGCUGCUGGAUUAUAAAUACAAAGUGUACAGCCCCAAGGGGGAGGGGAUUGGCACAUCUCACCCAGCUGUCCCAGCCAGCGCCCCGCCGAGCACCCACGGACCGCAUCCACCCAGCACGGCAGUUAAAGCUGCAAAGUGAAUCCUGCAUUGGCAACAACGGGACCGUGCCCCCACGGGAGCUGGGCUCUGUGGAAUCCUGGUCAUUUGGAGAGGUCUGAAGGGCCCCGCCAUCCCCCAAGGAUGCAGGACUCAGAGAAGAACAGCCAAGAUGCACCCAAGAGGCUGGUCCGACACCAGCUAUCUGGGAGCACACGAGCAGGUGGCAUUUUGGCUCGUGCCUGAGGCCACUGAGUCACCCUGCCCUAAAUCCAACCACGUGCCACCUUCAGCCCCUUCCUUGAGGGUAACGCCUCUCAUUCCUGAUGUCUCAGGCAAGCCUGGAAGACCCAGGCCCACCUGCUGGGCUCCAAGAACCACUUACCAAAGGAAAGAUCAUCAGAGGCUGAAAUUUAGAGCUUCAUCUUGUGCAAUGAGGUUCUCACAGGAGGUGCAGUUUUAUAACUACGUCCACUUAUAUAUCUACACACUCUCUACAUAUAUAUAUAUACACACACACACACACACACACACAAAUGCACAGGCCCUCGCCCUACUCCCUUACCAAACUGUAUGUCUUAUCAUGUUUAUAAACUAUACAGAAACCUAUAUCUGCUGAACUAAGGAUUGUAUUGGUGAUUUCUAGAAGGAAAGGAAUCCUAGGAUUGUUGUCUAGAAUCCCAACGUGGCAACAGUAGUUCCCAUGUAACCUGAGCUUGCCAGGGCCUGGGGCGAAGGGACAGUGGGGGAGGGUCAGGGAGAAGGGGAGGCAGCAAGAAUCACUUCAGGGGACCAAUAUUCUUAGAUAUUUAGAGCAUCACCAUGUUUUUAUAUGCAACACAAUCCCGUCUGCUGCCCUGGAGCACUCAAUCGCCCCCAAUAUAGUAGCUGUUGGCAUCAGGGUGAGAAGCAAGAAGCAGCUUCUUGGCCAUCAGGGAGUCAGGCCCUAGGGACGGGCUGGGUGGAAAAGGGGAAGGAAGGGGCUUUGGGUUUCUGAGGCCAGUGGGCGAGGCAGCAUCCACAGUGUUAGUCCAACAAGCUGGGCAGUGUUGUCAGCCUCGCGUUUUGCCAGCAACGGUCUGGAAGGGCCAGGGAGGCUCUGGGUCUGAGCCCAGGCCUCCAGCUUGGCUCAGCUGCUGAAUUUUUCCUUGAGGCUCUUUGAUGGGCAUCCCAGCAAGGGUCCUGCGGCGGGUAGCAGGAGGGAAAGCAUCAGGUGGCCUUAGCAGAAGGGGGACAAAGAGGGCAUUUCAAGAACCAUCUCAGGCACUUCUGCAUUACGGAGGCCCCGCCCCUCCUGAACCCUCUGAAGAUGUCCAGGGACAGGCAGAGGUCGGGGGAGAUGCCCAGACUCAGGGGUCAGGAGCGGGGCCGUGCAGGGAAUGGAGCGGCAAGUUCAGACAGAGGAGAGGGGCUCAGGUCAAGGUCAGCCAUGCUGCUGGCUGGGGUCUGGGCGGACACAAUCUUUUUUUGGCUUCGCCCAAAUCCAAAUGCCCCACCAGAGAGGAUGUGUGUGAGGAGCAAGAAAUAUUGAAUCCAAUUAAGAGAGAAAAAUAAUAAUAAUAAAAUUCUCUUGGAUAAGAA